GUACAGCUGAGCUGACGACGACAUGCUGUGAUGUCACUUACCGGAUGAACCCGUAGCUGCCGUUGUUUCACGUCAAAACAAUCCGGAAGACGAUACAGCAUGACGGAACUAUUGUUGGAGCUGAGACGAGGUUAAGGCUGCAAUAAUAACAUCAGGCUACUGUUUUAAUCACGGUGUUGGAACUUAAUAAUGUUGUUGAAUACAAGACAAACAUAGCGGCUCAAGCGAAGGCUGUCCACUGUGUUAUAAGUUUGCAAACAGUCAGUCCAGUAUCGCGUUUUGGCUUCAAAGUCCAUGUUAAGAUAUCGUUGCAGAUCUAGAUAUUGAAGUGUUAGCUCAUCGCAGACUGCUUCAGAGCCACCAUGGGCAAUGGAAUGAAUAAGGUUGUCGAUGGACUCUACCUUGGGAAUAUAAGAGAUGCAGAAAACAGAGAAAGUCUGGCUAAAAAUGGCAUCACCCACAUUCUGUCUGUAUACAACAAUGCUAAACCCGUGUUUGAGGACAUGACGUAUCUUUGUAUUCAUGCGGCUGAUGCGUCCAGCCAGAACCUAUUACAACAUUUUAAAGAGUGCAUCAGCUUCAUCCAUGAAUGUCGCUUGAAUGGUGGAUCUUGUCUCGUUCACUGCCUUGCAGGUGUGUCCCGUAGCACUACUAUGGUGGUGGCCUACCUGAUGACUGUCACCCACUACAGCUGCGUCGAGUGUCUGUCUGCAGUCAAGGCUGUUCGCUCCUUUGUCGGCCCAAACUAUGGCUUCCAGCAGCAGCUGCAGGAGUACCAGACAACACAGGUCUCAGAGUACCGAGAAUGGUUACGGUCCAGUUUCCGUCCCUGUCCAUUUAAUGACGAGGAGCAGGUCGGUGCCCUGCUGAGCCAGUACACAGAGCAACAGGAGAGCCAGAGGAGAGGAGCAGACCAGCACUGGACAAAUCGAGGUGUAGGUGUGUCUGCUCUGCCGUCCGACCCUGAUGAUCCUGAAAGCAGCAGCUGAAAAAUGGGCAUCUAAUGAUGCUGAAGUCCUGCCCAAUGCUGUCUGUAAAUGGCAGCUAUUAUUCUGUACUUAAUUCCAAAUCAACCCCAAGUUGUAUCCAAUUUUAAGGCCUUUGUUCAACUCUGAAAGUGUCCCUUAAAAGCUAAGCAUAUCUUUUACAUUUUUAUUUAUAUCAGUCUGAUCAUUUUUAAUCAAUGGAGGUUGAUUUAGAAUUGGGCUACAGACUCUAAUCCACUACCAGUACCUUUCUUGCUCUCUUAACUGAGUACAGCCACAACCAGGGUAUCGGUGCUCACAGACGCCUUACUCUAAACACUUCAGCACCUUAGCCAUGAUGAAUAAACUCUACACCUGCAAUGUUCUCGGUAGCCUUAAAGAAGGGACCAAUUAAUACUGUCUUAAAGGAACAUUUUGUCUCUCAUUGUGUGGAUGUCUAGUUUGUGCUGGUGGACAAUGAAAUCCACAAAUCUCCAACCAAUUUGAUGCCACAUAUUGUGAGCAGUUAUUCUGACUCGUACCAGCAUGCAGUCCUUUUUAGUCUCACUCUUAGAUGAACACUGCAGCUGGGGAAGUUAGCAUGCUUGGCGGGCUGACGGCAUUACAUUUGUUAUUAUGUAAAUCCUACUGAAAGCAAGUGUUUGCUGCUUGCCUGUUAAAUAUGUUACGUUGCAUGUUCCAGUUUAAUACACAGUAACUAAACAAUGGUCAUGGUGUUGUUAGCGAAUACACUAGCCACUUACAUAUGUUGUAACAACAAUAAAUAUAUUACUGUAGCACAUCACUGCCCAGGUAGUAAACAGCAUUUUUUUCCACCCGGUUGGAUACUCUUCUCUCAUUCCAGCUGGUACUUUUCGCUUCAUCUUUGAAGAAAAUGUCAAGCCAUCUACUGUACCAAUGUCUGCAACAUAAUCGAGCUCCCAGCAACUCUGACCCAGUAAGCAAACCUGUUGAGUUAUCUCUUAUCAGCCUGAGAGGACAAAAGGAAAAAAGUACAACAGCCAAACCCUCUGUGGUUUGUCAAUCAUCAACUGAUGUCAGAAGAGCCAGGCGUGACAUGUGUUCGUUAACUUCAACUGCUUCCGCUGUCUAUACAGUUGUAGAGAACAUGGCCACUUAACAACACACAGCUAGGAGUAACUCAUGAAGCAAGUUUAAACAUUGGUAAAAUGUUCCUUUAAGUAAUACAUAGCAGGUUGAAUUAGGAAGAUACACAAAGCAUUGCUGACUACAUAUGAAGGAUGUCUGCAGUCUUCCUGAUAUUACUGAAGCACUGAUUUAUCUUUCUAUUGUGUUGAAGCUGAUUUAUAUGUAAUUGGUGUUAUAGAUUCACGGGUGCAGUUGUUUUGAUUGUGUAUUUAUGGUGUUUUUUAUAUUAAAAUGCAGCGAUUGAUGUGGAAAUCCUAAUAAAUCUGUACCAUCGA